AUGCCUUCAUCAUUUUCGAAAUCAAAUGCUACAUAUGUUGCGUUGGCUGCUGGUGCUGCCGCCGCGACGUAUGCAGGUACACACGCCUAUAAAUCACGAAUUCAACGAAAAUUUGAUGACGGAAUCGAUCUGAAAAAUCAAUCCGUUGAAAUCGACCCUGUUGAACAUAUUCGUCGUUGUACUUUCUAUAAAGAUAUCGAUAUAUAUUCAUUUCAUAAAACUAUUCUUCCAAGCGUUCAAACGUUAGGCGAUGUAUUCUAUCAUGGCUACUCCGUUUCAAAUGAUGGACCAUGUAUAGGCUUCUAUGAUCCAGCAAAUGAAAGUGCAUCAAUUAGAUGGAUAACAUAUUCGACAGCAAUCGAUUGCAUACGUCGAAUCGGUUCACAUCUAUGGACAGAUAUUCAAUUGAUCCCAACGAAGUCAACAGUGGCUAUCAUAUCGUUGAAUCGUGCUGAAUAUUCAUUUGUUGAACAUGCUUGUUAUACGUACGGUUUUAUUGUUCUUGCUCUGUAUACCAGUUACGAUCAGGAAACCGUUCUAUCUAUAUUGGACAAAACUCAAACGGAAGUGUUAGUUGUUGAUAACUUAGAUCGAAUUGAUGGUUUCAAAGAUAAACUAUUGGAACGAAGUUACUUGAAAGAAAUUCUUAUUAUGGAUAACAUAGCACACAAUGAAAGCAAGAAAAUUCGAAGUAUUCCUGCGGUGUUUCAAACAGUACAACAAUCAGAUGUUCGUUCACGACCAUACAUUGAUCCGGAAAAUGUUGCUGCUUAUAUUUUAACAAGUGGAACGACAGGCGAACCGAAGAUUGCUAUGUUGUCGCAUACGAACUUCAUGGCAACGACUAAAGGAAGUAUAGAACGUCGUGAACGUGCCAAUAUAGCUGCAGAAACAUCCAAUCGUCAUUGUUCAUUUCUUCCCAUGGCACAUCUUUAUGAACGAUUGGUGCUAAUCAGUAAUUUCCUUCACGGAACUCAGGUCGUCUAUUGUCCAGUUCCAGAAAAAGUCUUUGAAUAUUAUCCGNAAACAUCCAAUCGUCAUUGUUCAUUUCUUCCCAUGGCACAUCUUUAUGAACGAUUGGUGCUAAUCAGUAAUUUCCUUCACGGAACUCAGGUCGUCUAUUGUCCAGUUCCAGAAAAAGUCUUUGAAUAUUAUCCGUAUGUUCAACCAACAAAUAUUCCAACCGUACCGAGAGUUUUGAACAAGGUCUAUGAUACGAUUAUGACAGAAGUUGGAAAAAGUAAAGUCAAACGUUUCCUUAUUUCUCAAGCAUUGCAUAAUGAACAACCAACAUUGUUUUCACGGAUAAUCUUUCGUCGAGUCCGAAAUCUGUUCGGUGGAAAAACAUUCGCCAUGUUAACUGGUUCAGCCCCGAUUACGCCUGAAGUUUUACAUUUCUUUCGCAUUGCACUUGACAUUCCGAUCGUCGAAGGUUACGGUCAAACCGAAUCGACAGCUGCAGGAACAAGUACACAUGUUGCUGAUAUGUCAUGUGGCACCGUUGGUUCACCAGUUUCAUCGGUGGAAAUCAAACUGAUUGAUGUUCCUGGUACCAACUAUCGAGCAAAUAACAAUCAAGGAGAAAUUUGUAUUCGUGGACCAACUAUCUUCAAAGGUUAUUAUGGUGAUGAGAAGAAAACACGCGAAACGAUUGAUGAAGGUGGAUGGCUUCAUACGGGUGAUGUUGGUGAAUGGACAAACAACGGUGCAUUACGUAUUAUUGAUCGUACGAAACAUAUAUUCAAAUUAACUCAAGGUGAAUACAUUGCUCCUGAACGUCUUGAAGAUGGUUAUGUUCGUUCUCGAUGGGUUGAACAAUUGUUUGUCGAUGGUAUAUCUACUGAAUCCACUGUCGUUGCUAUUGUCAUACCGGACAAAGAAUACGUCGGAAAGAAAUAUGCGUCGAAGGAAGGCAAUCGGUCAUUUGAAGACUUGUGUAAGGACGAGAAAUUGAAAGAGAUUAUUCUCGCGGAUUUAAAACGAAUUGCCAAAGAAUAUAAAUAUAAAUAUUACGAAACUGUGAGUAAUAUCUAUCUGCAUCCGGAGCCGAUGUCUCAAGAGAAUGGUUUAAUUACGUCAACAUUAAAAACUCGACGCACAGCUGUUCGACAAUAUUUUCAAUCGAUUAUUCAAUCACUCUAUCAAACACCUGAUCAUAUCCAACCAUCGUCGACUGUUGAUCUACAAUCGAAAUUGUAA